AUGGCUUCAUGGGGCCUUGGGCACCUGCAGCUUCGGGCCGUGGCCGUGCCAGCGAGCCCAGACACCCACUGGGAUCGCUGCUCCCAGGCCUCAGGCGGAGGCGGGCAGAGCCGUGGGGGAAGGAGCAUGGAGUCUGGGUGCUCGCUGGAAGACGGCCUCUGCAGACGGUGGGAGACCUGUGUCCACGACGGAGUGUUUGGAAGGUGCCAGAAGGUUCCGGUGACAGAUGUCUACCACUAUGAGGUGUCGCCGGGGGCCCAACAGCGUCUGAGGGCCGCCCUGCUGCAGCUGUCCCGCGCAGGCUACGCGUGGCAGGAUGACUACAUGCAGCACAUACUGGCCCGGGAGCUGGCACACGUCCCCCGCACCCACCUGCGACGUCCUGAUGCUGCCCACCUGGCCAGGUGAGUCGACUUGGUUGAUGUCUCUGCGACCCCACAGCCAGCACCUGUCAAGCCUAUUUCUCUUUAAUGUAGCACGCUCAGUCUUCCUGGUGUAGAGUUUCCUGAAAGUUUGGGUGUCUGUGAGGAAGAGGAGUGCUUCCUUUCUCCACUGUAUCAGCCCGUGGAGGAGGGUGUGCAGAUGACCCUACUACAAGGAGCCUUUUUUACCGAGGGCAAGGCCAAAGUCCCCCAGCACUGCCCCCAAUGCCUGAGACCUUUGGAAAAGUCCCGCAUCUCCAGAAUGAACCUUGGUUGAGAGCAGAGAAAUCAAGGAUUCUCAUUGUUCAGAAACAAGUAGAGUUCACUUGUACUCAAAUGUUAUGACCAAGUCUUCCUGUUCUCCAAACACA